UGAGUGUUUAGCCCUUCGCUAGUUUGCAAGUUGCGAAUUUGUUGGAAUUUUGUUUUUCUCCGCAAUUAACAAAACAUAAAACAAUUAAGAAGUAAAUUACAGCUCAGACAAAGGAUCUUCAGGCUAGUUACAGGUCUACCCCAAUAAAAGGACCAGAUAACCAGCAGUAAUCAGGCCAAAUGCCGUACAUUAUCAUACGGGGGAACUUAGCCUCCUACAGCCACAAAUAUCCAUGGCGAGUGCUCGUCUCCGGAUUGAAAGCUGACGACAUCGAGCAGUUGAACAAGUUCUCUUGCGGCGGCUACAGUGACGAGUCCACCAUUGUCUACCUAGUGCAUCCUUGUCGGAUUCUAUCGGCGCUAGAAAUCCUGGGAUUUCGCGUAGUGGCCAGCUCAUCGACGGCCGUGAAGCAGGACUACAACGAGUAUAUGUGGACGAUGCGCAAGGAGUUCGACGAGCCAGAACCCCUGGAAGCUGAGUCCGUGGUGCGAGAAAACCUAUCCAAUAUUGGCCGCGAGGCAGCCAGUUUAGGAAACUAUCACAAGGUGGAUUCGCCCGAAUAGAGGAAGCCACUCCGAUAAAAGCCAGCAAAGCAACCAACA